AUGGCCAGAGGCAGCACCCUCCUGUUAGCUUGGCUCCUGUUGGCGACCCUGUCAGCAACUCUGGGGCUUGGGAUGCCGGCAAAGGAGAAGAGAGGCUGGACACUGAACAGCGCUGGCUACCUUCUGGGCCCACAUGCCAUUGACAACCACAGAUCAUUUAGCGACAAGCAUGGCCUCACAGGCAAGCGGGAGCUACAACUAGAAAUGGAGGAAGGGAGACCAGGCAGCAUUGACGGGCCCCUGCCUGAGAGCAAUAUCGUGCGCACCAUAAUGGAGUUUCUGACUUUCCUGCACCUUAAAGAGGCUGGGGCCCUUGACAGCCUGCCUGGCCUCCCUUUGGCCACCUCCUCAGAAGAUCUAGAGCAGUCCUGA